UAAAGGGUGUUUUCAUAUUCCCAAGUCUACCAGCUGCUUUCGUAUCACAAAUUGUUUAAAUUUAGCAAGGAUUAAGUAAUUAAGUUAACAUAAAUGCGUUUAAAUUUAGCACGAAUAUACGAAUGCCAACGAAAAUGAGCGCAAUACAGCGCUGCUCAUAUCUUAGCCGAAGGAAAAUCUUGUGUUGUUGUUGAUAAUGAUGAAGUGGCUAUUGUGUGGGCAUAAGAAACUGAAGAAAAUGCUGAUUGGUUGGAAGCCUAUGCAUUGGUUUGCAUUCUGUGCACUUUGUUUGGUGGCGUUAGGAGCUUACUGGUUCAUUUGGUCGUCAGAGGUUCGCAUUGAAGAGACCUGGAAUAAUGCCAUCAAACCGUUGAGCAGAAUAGCAGUGGCUGCUAAUAAAGAUGCAGAUAACGUUUUUUCAGGCACACUAACAUUAGAUAACUUCGAUUAUGACGAGCAGCUAGUAGUGCUGUACAACCGCGUACCAAAAACGGGCUCCACUAGUUUUGUUAACAUUGCUUAUGAUUUGUGCAAACGUAAUAAAUUUCAUGUUUUGCAUAUAAAUGUGACGGCAAAUAUGCAUGUGCUAUCGCUGCCCAAUCAGAUAACGUUUGUGCGUAAUGUGACCAAGUGGCACGAAAUGAAGCCAGCGCUCUAUCAUGGUCACAUGGCGUUUUUGGACUUCUCCAAAUUUCAAAUUGCGCACAAACCUAUAUACAUUAAUAUAGUUCGUAAGCCCUUGGAUAGGUUAGUUUCAUACUAUUAUUUUCUACGCUAUGGUGAUAAUUAUCGUCCGAAUUUAGUACGUAAAAAAGCGGGUAAUAAAAUUACUUUCGACGAAUGCGUGCUAUCGAAGCAACCAGACUGUGAUCCAAAGAAUAUGUGGCUGCAAAUACCAUUCUUUUGCGGACAUGCAGCGGAGUGCUGGGAGCCCGGUAGUGAAUGGGCACUGGGGCAAGCUAAACAUAAUUUGGUAAACGAAUACUUUCUGGUUGGCGUGACAGAGCAAAUGGAAGAUUUUGUCGAUAUGCUUGAACGUUCUUUGCCGCGCAUAUUUCACGGUUUUCGUGAACACUAUCAACAUUCCAAUAAAUCACAUCUGCGCCAAACGUCAUGGAAGAUUGCACCGAAUGACGAAACGAUCAAUACCAUACAUAAAUCGAAAAUCUGGCAAAUGGAAAAUGAAUUGUACGAAUUCGCAUUGGCACAAUUCGAAUACAAUAAACGCAAAUUGACGGUGCCGGAUAAUAAGCAUUUGCAAAAAUUUAUGUAUGAAAAGAUACGGCCAAAAUGAUGGCAGUUGCGGUAUGCUUUCGCCAAAAAGACGAAGAUGCGCAAGAAAUGCACAAAAGCGUAAAAGAAAAUGCAGAAUAUUUGCAAAGCAGGUUGGCAGCUGGCUGA